AUGAAGUUUAACGUCCUCGUCUCGGCCCUCUCAGGUGCCUCUCUGGUCGCCGGCCACGGAGCCGUCACCAGCUACCUAAUCGGCUCGACCACAUACCCCGGCUAUACCGGCUUCUCUCCCUCAUCUUCGCCCCCGACGAUCGAGCGGCAAUGGCCCGACUACAACCCCAUCAUGACCGUCACCGAUGCCAAGAUGACCUGCAACGGCGGCACAUCGGCUGCCCUCAGCGCCCCGAUCGCGGCAGGGCAGAACAUCACCGCCAUCUGGGCCCAGUGGACGCACAAGCAAGGGCCCGUCAUGGUCUGGAUGUACAAGUGCGCCGGCGCCUUCACCGCCUGCGACGGCAAGGGCAAGGGCUGGUUCAAGAUCGACCAGAUGGGAAUGACCGCGCCGCCUCUGAGCGGAGAAAACUGGGGCACUGCUAUCGUUGUUAACACCCUCAAGUGGUCGAGCAAGAUCCCUUCAAACCUUGCCCCAGGCAACUACCUCAUCCGCCACGAGCUGCUCGCUCUCCACCAGACGAACACGCCGCAGUUUUACCCCGAGUGUGCUCAGCUCGUCGUCUCCGGAAGUGGCUCUGCUUCGCCGCCUGCGGACUAUCUCAAGUCCAUCCCUGCAUACGCCGCCCAAAACGACCCCGGUGUUACUAUUGACAUUUACUCAAGCACUGCCACUACUUACACUCCCCCAGGUGGUGCUGUCUGGUCGGGCUUCACCUAG